UGGUCAGAGAGAAGAAGGACUUGUGUCAUCACAACCGUCAGUGCUAAUCUUCACUGCAGGCUACAGUGUCUGAUAUCAACAGGCCCUCGAGACACGUCCCGUUCACACCGCGCGGUAUCCACGGGAGAGUGGUGGUGCUCCCGAGACGUCCGAGGAGCAAUUUCUCAGCUGCCAUUCAAACGCUCAGAGGCUCCGCGAAGAGGAGGAGGAGACGGGGAGGACGCCUCCGUUCAUCCAUCCAUUCACCAGUCCGCACAGUAAUCGCACUCCGGCGCCUGGACCUCCCGCGAGCCCCUAUACCAGCCUGCGCGAGACACCACCACGAGCUUCGGCGGCGGCCGCGAACAACGGUCGCACGCGCAUACCGGCGAGAGGGGGGCAGUUGGGAAGGACGCUCAGCGUGGAGAGAGAAAAAAGAAGAGCCCGUCUGUCAGUGUUAUUCCCCGGUGUGGAUGUAGAGAGACGGAGACAGAGAGAGGACCACCGAUAAAGUCUGACUGAACGCGUUUUACCGAGUGUCCUCCCUGGUUGCUGAUCUGAAGCUCUGUUCCUCAUCUCUUGAGUGUACAGCAGCCCCCCCUCCAACCCCCCUCAGUGAAGAGCACCAUGACCCAGGAGGGGCAGGCUCUGCCCUCUCCCACCCCACCAGAGAGCCCAGCGGAGCCCAGUACCACCAGCACCACCGACCCGCCCACAGAGACACUCAGCCAGGCAGAGCAGGACAAGCUGGGGGCGAAGGACGACAUAGAGGAGGGGAGACGACAGGAGGAGGUCAGAGAGGGAGAGGAGGAGGAGGAGGAGGCACAGGGGGAGACGCACAGGGAAGGAGAAGAGGGGAGGGAAGAGGUAAAGGAUGAGGGAGGAGAGGGCGAGUCGAAAGAGGAGACGGUGGAUGGGGAUCAACAUACAGAUGGAGGGGCGGAGGGAGGGAGGGAAGGGACGAGAGGGGAAGUGAGCAUUAAUGUGGAGGUGAGCUCAGCGGGGGAGGAGGCAACGCAUGAGGAGGAGGGGGUGGAAGAGGAAGAGGAAAAGGUGGAAGAGGAGGGGAAGGAAGAGGAAGAGAUGCAACCGUCUACCGAAGAGGAGGCAACUCACCCGGAACAAGCUGGGCGACAAAUGGCAAAUGGCAUAGGUGGGAAUGAAGACGAUGAUGAGGUGGGUGAGGAGGACGAGGGAGGAGAUGAGGGGGGGACUCACACGCACUUGGACACUUUCAGCUCCAACUUUGAGACUACUGUAGAACAGGCCGACGCAGAGGUGGAAGAAGAGGAGGAGGGGGAGGCCCAGAGGGAGGGAGACGGGAGAGAGAACCAGGACAGUUUCAGCUCCACGUUUGAGCAGAUCGUUGAGCAGGUGGAGGUCCAGGAGGAGGAGGAGGAUGAGGAGGAGGAGAGGGAGCUGGAGGAGGAGAGGGAGAAGAGAAGCGUGGACAACAAAGACGGCUUCAGCUCCACGUUCGAGCGCAUCGUAGAGUCGGCCCUGCUGAGGGGCGGGACCUGCUACAGCAGCCUGGACUCUCUGGACGUGCUGUCGCUCACUGACGAGACGGACAGCUGCGUCAGCUUCGAGGCGCCACUGACGCCGCUCAUCCAGCAGAGGGCGCUGCUACAGGCUCCUGAACCCCUGGAGCUGGAGCUGGAAACCGUUCAGGAGCUGGAAGGGGCCGAGGCCGGACCGGACUUCCCGAGUGACCUCUCGGCUGGGGAGAGCGCUCUCCGUGGAGCCGGAGCUGUGGCCGGAGUGGGAGGAAGCCCGCUGAGGACCACCAUACCAGGAAGCAGGUCAGAGUUUGUGCUGAGCCAACCCGGACGCUGGGUCGUCCCUAAUGGAUACCAUGGAGCCAUAGAGGGUUGUGGAGCCAUGAUCAGCUCUGUCAGCGAUGCCAACCUCACAGACGCGCUGUCUGACUCAGAGGAGUGCGAUUUGGGCAGUCAGGAGCGCUUGGAGCGCGGCAGCACCGACACUCUGGCCAACGGCUGCCGAGCCGACUGCGAGGCCGCCAAGAGGCUGGCCAAGCGCCUCUAUCACCUGGAGGGCUUCAAACGCUGCGAUGUGGCCAGACACCUGGGCAAGAAUAACGAGUUCAGCCAGCUGGUGGCGUCGGAGUACCUGAGCUUCUUCGAUUUCUCCGGCCUGACGCUGGAUCGAGCCCUGAGGACCUUCUUGAAGGCCUUUCCGCUAAUGGGAGAGACCCAGGAGAGAGAGAGGGUCCUCGUGCAUUUCUCCAGCCGCUUCUGCCACUGCAACCCACGGACGCUUACCCCCGAGGCUCAGAGCCACGAGGAGGACGAGGACGAGGAGGACGACGAUGGAGCCCACACAUUAACCUGCGCCCUCAUGCUGCUCAACACCGAUCUACACGGACAUAACAUUGGGAAGAAGAUGUCUUGCCAACAGUUCAUCAGUAAUCUAGAUGGCCUCAACAGCGGCAAAGACUUCCCUAAAGACUUAUUAAAGGUCUUGUAUAACUCGAUCAGGAAUGAGAAGCUGGAGUGGGCCGUUGAGGAGGAGGAGCUGAGGAAGAGUCUGUCAGAGCUGGUGGAGGAGCAGUGCGAGGGCGGGAAUAAGCGCGUUGCCAGGGUAACGGACGGCCAUAACCCCUUCAUCGCCAUCCCCAUCCUCCUCAACGCCGUCACCUACAAACACGGAGUGCUGACCCGCAAGAGCCACGCUGACAUGGACGGCAAACGCAGGCAAUUAGUCUCAUUUUCAUCCUCUUUUAAUCUCACUUUCCCUCUCCUCCUCCUCCUCCUCUCCCCUCUCUCUGAGCAGAAGACUCGUUAUGAGACUUACAUCAGCCUCCUGCAGGCCAAAAUCCGAGCGGAAACGGACGACCUCGAGAAGAUCGAGGCCAGCGUGAUGGGGGGCCUGAUCAUGGAGGGGGGCCUGGCCGGCCGCGAGUGCCUCCUCCGCAAGACGCAGUCCUCCCCGUCCAUCAGUCAGGCUCACGGCGGGCUGAACGGGAGGGCCGCCGGCUGCACCGCCUCGGGACAGAGGACCUGAGGGGAGGAAGGGAGGACCAGUAGUGGGCUUUUCUGUUAGUAUUUUGUGUUUUUGGACUCCUCCUGUUUUACGUACUGUAAGAAACAGGAGAAAUGUCACUCUCCUUCCCAGAAUGUAUCCGCCCUGGUGAUAGGUUUCUGUCCUUGAGCAAUAGAUGAAGAGGACCAAGAGCCCGUGCUUGAUACCCAACAAGUGACCCUGCCAAACCUCAGUCCCUUGAACUUUGAUUAUUGCACAUUCAAAAUGAUCAUAACUGUGAUCACUAUUUAUAACGUCAUUCAGUAUUAUUUUAAAAUGAAACUCAGAGCGAUGCAGUUGUCUUUAGAUGAAAUGUGUUUUUAGUUAUGAGCAGAGCUUCGAGUGAUUUGUAAUGUAUUUGUCAAAGGGCCAGACGGAGAACAAAGAAGGAGAGACAGACCGGUUUGGCUUUGUCCUCUCUGUCCUCGUCCUGCAGAAGGAGAAGGUACUACUGUAGCAUUUUGGCCUUUUUUUUCCUUUUCUUUUUCCACCCAUGUUUACGCACCCAGCCGCUCCACAGGCGUGUGUACGGACCUACGUUGUGGUGUGUGAAGAUACGACAUAUCUGUCCCAGAGUUACAAAAGAAAACUCUCAAAAGAGCUUCUCAGAAGGAUCAAGUCCCUGCCAUGUAUAGCGUAUUUAUUUAUUUAUUUAAGUCUCCAAACCUUUAUUCACCCCGGGACGGGUUUACACUGAGCGUGCUCGCUCCUUUUUCUUUUUUCAGCGAUUUUCUGUCUCGACGUUCGUGCAGUUGCGUACAUUUGUAAGCGUGAAGGAGCUGCCGAGUGGAAUGAGCGCGGUUUUAACUGUGCUAAGCUGCUCCACCAGAGGAGCUGGAGGUUGAGUGCCUUACUCAAGGGCACAUUGACUCUUGCUGUUGAGGGAUUUAGAGAGUGUGAGUCAGUCAGAGAGAGAUCACAAGUCUGUGUCUGUGAUUUUUUUUUUUUUAAUCUGCCGCUACCCCAAAUACUGACAUGCAUUCAGUCAUGCCGUUCGUCUUUCUAACAAGUCAAAACCGGACUGAGGAGGAUGACGGUGUGUGACUGAAUGGAAGCACUGUGCCACGUUCAUCCCACAAAACCGCUCCUCUCGCAUCACGACAGCUGAUGAGUAACGAUAUAUGGUUGGGUGUUAGGUUUCUGAAGAACCGGGUGAAGGGCAGAGCAGGAAAGUGUGGGUGGGAUGCGUACCGUACGAGUGGGUCAGCCGCUCUCCCGUGUGUGUGUGUGUGUGUGUGUGUGUGUGUGUGUGUGUGUGUGUGUGCGCGCAUCGGCAUGCUGUUUUUAAGUAGCUCCAGUUUGAGUUGUCGAAGCUGUGGUUCAACAGGAAGAAGUAAAUAUAGCAGGGUCAUGUUUUUCUAUGAAGAAUUUAUUGAGCAUGUUUGGUGAGAAUCAAUCCGAUGGCCUUCAGCUGCAUAAGACACAAUCAGACCGAUCAGUGUCCUGGGUUAUAACAUGUUAACAUGGACCGAUCGUAGCUUGCUUGGCCUCGUAUUGGGCAUUUACUGGUACUGGUGAAUUCCCUCCACUGCCAUCCUUCAGUUGAAGAUGUUUUUGGGGGAAAGUAGGCCCCGGCCUACGUUAGGCAGAGACUGGCUGAUUGGAGAGUGUAGCAGCGGGACUGCUCCAGCUUAACGUGCUAAAGUCGAGAAACCCGUCAGCAUACUGGAAUGGAGAGGGGAGCAGCGAAAACAACUCCACCAGCAGAGUAGCCAUCAAAACAUCCUCCACGUAGAGGGAGGAGGAGGAGAGAAAAAACAUGUUUUCUAAGAAGGGGAAGAGGCUGGUUUGGUUUUCUAAGUAAGACCGACUCGGCCAGCCAAGAACAGGCAAAACAGACAUCCAGCACACGUUUUUCCAAACAGAGGAACACACACGGAAGGAGGACUUGCGUAACGUUGCGAGGAAGUGGGGAUGGGGUGGCGGUACCGCUGUUUGUGAGCACCUUAAUUGAUCACAACCCGCCCAAACACACACACACACACACACACACACCUUUUCUCUUUCUUCGUAAUUUGCUUAUAUGACACAACUGUAGAUCAGUGAGCUUAGCGGCCCCUCGCUCAGCCUCGGUGUGGCACAGAAGCAUGUCGACAGGACUGUGGAUAUCGACAGCAUAUGAUAUCUUUGGUUCUGGGCGCAGCGCCUCUGUUGCUUCAUAUAUCGUAUUAAUAGUGAACAACAGGAUCUGAGAUCCUUUUGGGGACUUGGCUGGAAACCUGGUGUCACAGCUGGAAUCCUGGAUCCUUGUACAGACCAAAAUGCUGAAGUGGAGCUGAGUUUUCAGAGAGGAAGUACCGUUUUAUAACGCCGUAUUGUUAGGACGAAUAACUGCUUUCUUACAGGGAGACUUCCCCUUAUAGUCACUUUGGCUGUUGUGCUAACCAUUGUUUCCCAAUGUUCUAGGGUAGGCCUGUGCUGUACUAUAGGAUCGUGGCAAAAAAAAUAUUGUUGAUUGUUAUGUUUUAUUUAAAAAAUGACAACUUCGGCACCUUGAUGUCAGCAUUGGAUCUGUCUUUUUGUCUGUUUUGUUUGUAUAUCGGAACUGUUUUUUUGACAGGAUGCUUAUACUAUGUAAAGGACAUAUUUACUGAAUAUUUAGUCUGUGCUUCAUAAAGUAAGCUUUUAUACAGAAGCUUGUGCUUGUGAUUUAUUAAUAUUGUCUACUCUGAUAAAAAAAAAAUAAGCUCCACAGCAGGUUAGCAAACUUGAGUGCCACUGACAUCCAUGACGUAGACGUUUAUUAUAUUAUAAAAUAUAUAAUAAUGCAAACACAUUUUGUUCAGCACUGUACAACAUUUCUAACACGUGAAAGCAUUUGUUUGUGGGGAGUUCUCCCUGAUAUGUUUAUCCUGCAGUUAAGAGCUACAUUUGAAAGGUAGCACACUAUUUAAGUAGAGUAUGAAACAGCUGGCGACUAGACCAAAGCCACAUGUAUUCACUUACGUUAAAGCCACAGACAAUAAACUAAGUAUGUCAGAGCAUCUGGUAUCCUUCAUCCUUAAACAAGUAAUUCACCUUCACAGUGCCUCCUGGCAUUCAUAAUGUAUCAUACUAUAAACCAUAGACUAUACAUUAAGCUCACCAAAAAAAGCAUUGGACAGUCUGCACCGUGACA